AUGGAUAAGUUGAAACAGAGAGAAGUUACUAUCGUGUACAGGAAGCAUUGUCCAUUCAGUCAAGCUGCACUUGACACACUUGACUUUCUAAAAUUAAAUUAUAAUCCAGUAGAAGAAAAAUCUGAUCCAGAACUUGUUCAGCAUGUUAGGGAAAAAUAUCACAGAACAUUUCCAGCAAUAUUUGUUAAUGGAAGGCUGCUGGGUGGUUAUGAUGAUUUACAAAUGAGCAUUAAGAGUGGACGGUUAAACAAACUUUUGAAUAGAAAACAAGAUGAUAUUAAAAUUUGA